AUGACCCCCACAAUUGCAGCUUCUACUUCAACAACUGUUGCUCCCACGACCACAACUGCAGCAGCUCCUAUAACAACAACUGUAGAUGCUUCCAUAAACACAACAGCAGCACCUACUACGUCAAUCACAACUGCAGGUCCUACUAACAUUUUAACUCCAACAACAAGCACAACUGAGGCUCCUUCAGACAUCACUACUGUUGCUCCUUUGGACCCCACAAUUGCAGCUUCUUCUUCAACAACUGUAGCUCCCACGAUCACUACAACUGCAGAAGCUCCUACAACAACAACUGCAGCUGCUUCUACAUUUACUACUGCAUCACCUACUGCAACCACAACAGAAGCUCCUUCUACAACAACUGUAGCACCAAUGACUUUAGGAACAACAGUCCCAACGACAACUGCAGCUAAUUCCUCAACUGUAGCUCCUUCAAUGCCAAUCCCAACUGCAGCUCCUACAACAACAACUCUUGCUCCUACAACCUCUACAACUUCAGCACCCACUACAUUAUUCACAACUGCAGGUCCUACUACCAUUUUACCUCCUUCGACAACCACAACAACAUCCACUACAACAACUGUAGCUCCUACAAUCUUCUACUUCAACAACUGUUGCUCCCACGACCACAACUGCAGCAGCUCCUAUAACAACAACUGUAGAUGCUUCCAUAAACACAACAGCAGCACCUACUACGUCAAUCACAACUGCAGCUCCUUCAAUGCCAAUCCCAACUGCAGCUCCUACAACAACAACUGCAGAUGCUUCUACAACCACAGCUUCUACUUCAACAACUGUUGCUCCCACGACCACAACUGCAGCAGCUCCUAUAAUAACAACUGUAGAUGCUUCCAUAAACACAACAGCAGCACCUACUACGUCAAUCACAACUGCAGCUCCUUCAAUGCCAAUCCCAACUGCAGCUCCUACAACAACAACUCUUGCUCCUACAACCUCUACAACUUCAGCACCCACUACAUUAUUCACAACUGCAGGUCCUACUACCAUUUUACCUCCUUCGACAACCACAACAACAUCCACUACAACAACUGUAGCUCCUACAAUGUCAAUCUCAACUGCAGCUUCUACUUCAACAACUGUUGCUCCCACGACCACAACUGCAGCAGCUCCUAUAACAACAACUGUAGAUGCUUCCAUAAACACAACAGCAGCACCUACUACGUCAAUCACAACUGCAGCUCCUUCAAUGCCAAUCCCAACUGCAGCUCCUACAACAACAACUCUUGCUCCUACAACCUCUACAACUUCAGCACCCACUACAUUAUUCACAACUGCAGGUCCUACUAUCAUUUUACCUCCUUCGACAACCACAAUAACAUCCACUACAACAACUGUAGCUCCUACAAUGUCAAUCUCAACUGCAGCUUCUACUUCAACAACUGUUGCUCCCACGACCACAACUGCAGCAGCUCCUAUAAUAACAACUGUAGAUGCUUCCAUAAACACAACAGCAGCACCUACUACGUCAAUCACAACUGCAGCUCCUUCAAUGCCAAUCCCAACUGCAGCUCCUACAACAACAACUCUUGCUCCUACAACCUCUACAACUUCAGCACCCACUACAUUAUUCACAACUGCAGGUCCUACUACCAUUUUACCUCCUUCGACAACCACAACAACAUCCACUACAACAACUGUAGCUCCUACAAUGUCAAUCUCAACUGCAGCUUCUACUUCAACAACUGUUGCUCCCACGACCACAACUGCAGCAGCUCCUAUAACAACAACUGUAGAUGCUUCCAUAAACACAACAGCAGCACCUACUACGUCAAUCACAACUGCAGCUCCUUCAAUGCCAAUCCCAACUGCAGCUCCUACAACAACAACUCUUGCUCCUACAACCUCUACAACUUCAGCACCCACUACAUUAUUCACAACUGCAGGUCCUACUACCAUUUUACCUCCUUCGACAACCACAAUAACAUCCACUACAACAACUGUAGCUCCUACAAUGUCAAUCUCAACUGCAGCUUCUACUUCAACAACUGUUGCUCCCACGACCACAACUGCAGCAGCUCCUAUAACAACAACUGUAGAUGCUUCCAUAAACACAACAGCAGCACCUACUACGUCAAUCACAACUGCAGCUCCUUCAAUGCCAAUCCCAACUGCAGCUCCUACAACAACAACUCUUGCUCCUACAACCUCUACAACUUCAGCACCCACUACAUUAUUCACAACUGCAGGUCCUACUACCAUGUUACCUCCUUCGACAACCACAACAACAUCCACUACAACAACUGUAGCUCCUACAAUGUCAAUCUCAACUGCAGCUUCUACUUCAACAACUGUUGCUCCCACGACCACAACUGCAGCAGCUCCUAUAACAACAACUGUAGAUGCUUCCAUAAACACAACAGCAGCACCUACUACGUCAAUCACAACUGCAGCUCCUUCAAUGCCAAUCCCAACUGCAGCUCCUACAACAACAACUCUUGCUCCUACAACCUCUACAACUUCAGCACCCACUACAUUAUUCACAACUGCAGGUCCUACUACCAUGUUACCUCCUUCGACAACCACAACAACAUCCACUACAACAACUGUAGCUCCUACAAUGUCAAUCUCAACUGCAGGUCCUACUACCAAUUUAACUCCAACGACAACCACAACUGA